AUGGCCAGCAGCGAACGGGAGAGGGAUUUCUUCCGCUGGCUCAAAUUGCCCAUCCAACCUCUGAUGGUGGACUUGCCGGUCUGGAGUAACACCAAGGAACGCAAAGACAGGCAACUGAUACUGGAGAAAACAGCUGUGAUUCUUCCCAGCGACGUGCUCUGCGAACUCUGCAAAAGGUCCAUAGAUGAAUGGUGGCGGCAAGAACCGGACACCGUCUACCUGCAGGAGAUUUCCCGAAACAACUCCAGCUACCAGGACAUGCUGCCACUCCGCUUUCAUGAAGAUGGUGUGCCUACAACCAAGAGCGAGACGUGCAACUUCUGGUCCUGGACCACGCCGCUGGCUGGCCGUGGCAGCGAGAUCUCUCGCUUCUGCAUUGUUGGCGUCACCAACAGCCGCAUUGCAGCGGAAACGAGACGCUGCAUCGCUGACAUUCUUGCGUGGGAUCUUGAAGUGCUGGAGCGCGGCGUUUUUCCAGCUUCCGACCAGAACAAGAAUCCCUGGCCCCGUUGGUCGGCUGGUCCUGUUGACGUUAAUUGGCGAGCCAAGGAAAAACUCGUGUCUGAAGAUGCACCCUCAGAUACGGUGCAUUGGUCGAGGUGCAGGGCAACCAUGGCAUGGUGCUUGGAUGCAGCCUUGAGUGUUGGGGGAACUGGAAGAAAACCCCACCUCCGUGAACAGGAAAUCUGCGAAGCAACCUGGUUGUUCGAUACAUUUCUUCUGGCCUAUGCCCACGCUGCUAGCAGAUUCCAUGGGAUGGGCAUUUGCCUCUACAAGCUGCGGCCGAAGAUGCACUACACGCAGCAUAUGGUUUCGGAGCUGUCCUUCAACAAGCUCAACUUUUACCAUGCUGCCAAUUUUUUGGACGAAGAUCAUAUGAAAUUUCUCAAGAUUGUUUCGGCCGGUUGUCAUGUGACAUCUCAGCCUCGCACCUGGGCCCGACGUUAUCUGACGAAACAAGUGUUUCUCUGGCAGCAAUUGCAACGUGAUGCUGGUGCCAAGAGCAAGAAGAAAC